AUGCCCGCGUUUCAUCGGGCUGUUGCGGCUAUUUCGCGGCAGGCAGUAUUCAGAGGUGUGCAGAGUCAACAUGUUGUCGCACGUUCUAUCAGUGCCUCAGCAUUGAAGUCUGCCAUUGCUCAUCCCAUUACUACUCACGGCCCGCCACCUAAGGCCCCUUCACCUACACCUGCCAAUGCAGAGCUACUACAGAAAGAUGCGUCUUCGCAUCAGAAAAGCGAGAAAAGUCCGCUGCCAGGGAAAUCAUCUGUGCUUAAGAAGCGUUUCUGGAAGAAUGUUGAUGUUAAGCGGAAGUCAGAUGGGGAUUAUCAGGUUUUGCUAGACACACGCCCUAUUCGGACACCUUCCAAAGACGUAUUAUCCAUACCGUCAACGAAGCCUUAUCUUGCACAUGCGAUCGCGCUGGAAUGGGAUGUCAUGACCACUGCCCAGCAAGCGCUAAAGAACCACCUUAUCCCAUUAACUUCUCUGACCGCUCGAGCAGCGGAUAUUGCUGCAGAAGAUGCUCGAGGCGAAACUACUACGAGAGAUCAAAUAGUGAAGACGGCGAUGCGGUAUUUGGAAACAGACACCUUGUUGUGUUGGGUGCCGGAGCAGAAUGUUUACGCUGCUGAUGAAGUGGAUGCCGAUGGGAAGAAACCGGAAAGUCUCCGAGAGGCCCAAAUCCGGGUCGCUAAAGAUACAAUUGCCUUCUUGAGCACCAAAGUAUGGCCCGGCGUGGACAUUCAGCCCAUUCUUGACACCGAUAGCAUACUACCUGCUUCUCAGCCUCAGGCUACAAAAGACAUCAUUCUGCAGUGGAUAUCUGGUCUGCAGGCUUACGAUCUGGCGGGACUGGAGAGAGGAGUGCUGGCCGCAAAGAGCUUGUUGAUUGCAGUCCGUCUGGUCGCUGAAUGGAGUGAGACGUUCCGAGAGGUGCAACGACCGGGGCGAGAGAGGUUCGGCAUUGAGGAAGCAGCGGAAGCAUCCAGUCUGGAAGUCAGGUGGCAGACUGAUAUGUGGGGAGAGGUUGAGGAUACCCAUGAUGUCGACAAGGAAGAUUUGAAACGCCAGCUCGGCAGCGUCAUUGUAUUGGUUAGUGGAGAGACAAGGUGA